AUGAGCAAAAGACCAAGGCGCUCAAGACGCGAGGCCACUGCUGCAGAGGAGGCAGACUUUGAAAAGUAUUCAGCUGAGGAGCAGCUGUCGUUACUCGAAACAUGGCUCGAGUUGGCUAAGGCAUCAACAUACGAGGCAAUCAACAGCCAUCAUCGCGACUUUCUUACAAUCAGGCUUUACGGGAAAGACCCUCUGGACGAGGUUGCAACCCUGAACGACAAGUGCGAGACUGCACGGGCAGCUGCAGGCGAUAAUGCUGACCACCAGAAGCGGCUUGCUACCAUCGAGCAGUGCUUGGACGUGGUAAUGCGCCUGGCAAAGACCCAUGCUGACCUAAAGGAGGUGGACGAGCAGAUCAUGCACGGUGAAGUGGCAGUCGCAGCGAGUACGAUAGCCGAGGUUGGCGAGCUGCUAAAAGGACUGGAAGGCGAGUGUCCGCGGUUCAUUGAACACAGCGCGGUUGCCACACUGCAGACACAGUAUAUCAAGAAGCGAAGCGCCUUGCGAGCCGAGCUGGAUUAUCUGAUGUCGGAGAUGUAUGCUGUGCGUAGCAUUGGGUCAGUGUACGAGCUUGUAGUUUCAUACAGCGUCACGGCCAAUUACGAUGGUGUUCCGUACGAGACGCCUAUAACCAUCAGUGACCUGCUCUUUGCGCUGACUCAGCUGGGCCAGGACAAGGAAAAGGUUACUGUGCUGGCUAGCGCGCUGGUGGAGCACUGGUUUGUACCCCUACUGCGCUCUCCGGCUGAGGCGUUAGCGGUGAGCAGAGUCAGCAUGUUUGCCACUAUGAAUAUCGGUGCAUUCACAUCCGACAGGCGUGAGAGCAGUGUACAUCAGGGCACUGAUUUGAUGGUCCGGUGUGAGCUGGUCAGAGACAAGUGGGAGACAGUGCUGAGAUUCAUCCGCGAAGAGAUAUUCCACGACAUCAACCCAAUGGAGGACCAUACCGAGAUCUAUGCAUACCUUGGCGCCAAACUCUGGACAUCGCUGUGCCCUUUGCUGGAGGAAUUCCUGCUUAUUCCGCUAGUCCCUACUGACCUGGACAGCAUCGCAGAUACACGCGCGAUGGUUCCACUGCUGAGGCUUGAAGAAACAUGGCUCGAAUACGGUCUUAUCACCCCUGACGCGCUAGUGAUCAAAGAGUCGGUCAGAUCAUCGCUGCAAAACUAUGUCAACAAGCGCCGGCGUGACUUGCUGACUACUGUUGCUAGUAUAUUGGCUACUGAUGACACCAACACAGUGGUUGUGGGCGGUGCAGGUCCAGAGGCAGAUGUCCUAAGUCAAAUGACGUCUGGCGGCAAGCAGUCGAGCGAAAAGGAUGGCAAAAACAAAGGCAAAGGCAAAGGCAAGGGUUUUGCAGUCAGUGCCGAUGAUGCUGAUGAUGGCUCGGGCUCAUUGUCGUUUCCCCGCUGCUCGAUCAGUGUUCAGGCGCAGAUGCUGAUCGAAUUUGCUCGAGAGACGAUCGGGCUGAGCCUCGAGGACGAUGCCAAGACAGCAGUGCUCUACUUGCAUGCGGUGCGGGAUGCGUUUGCCCUGUAUCGGUGCCUGAUUCCACGACAGUGGGCGACCGAACUGCUAGUCAGCCCCAAGCGUGCCUUUGUCAUGCACAAUGACUGCGAAUAUAUUUGCCACCACCUGUCGACGCUUGGAUUUCGGUAUCGCGAGCAGUGGCCUGCGGUGGUUAAAUCCGCAGCCACAUUUAUUGAUACCAUAGGCGCAUACCGCGUCUUAUCCAAGUCGUGCUUGCAGUCGCUGCUGGGCCGGUACAAAGAGCAGCUGAUGCAGGCACUUGGGCCAUGGAGGGAGCGCGACAAGCUUGACGAGGCUAUACUGGGCGACGCUGGCAUGUACGACACGCUGGAAGCGAAGCUCACCGUCACCUGCGGGCUAGUAAACCAAAUUGCUCACAUUGGCCGCACUAAUCUGUCACGAGUGACGCAUUUCAAAGUGCUUGGCUUACUGGCAGACGUAAUUGUUGACUGUGUCUGCCAGCGUAUCGACGAGAUGCACUCGAUCAGUGAUCUGGGCGCGCGCACGUUGCUCCGGUUAAUCAGCCCAGUGCUGGAGCUCGAGGACCGUCUCGGCUAUUGCGCCGUUUCUGGCACGCAGUCCCGACCCGCAAUGCGCAAGGCGCCUAUUGCAAAGCAUAUGCCGUCCUGGGAUCGCUUACAGAAACAUGCCUUGCAGCUCAACGCUAUUUCUGACAAGCACCCAAGCUGA